AUGAGGGGUCAACAUGACUGGGUUAAUUCCAGUGUAGCUGGUGCAAUCUCAGGUACUGUAGUGGCCGCUACAGUGGGCCAACGAGGAUGGACUCUCUUACAAGCGGCUGCACUUGCAGCUAUAGUAGCAGGAGCAGCAGACCGGUACAUCAUAGGCCCAGUGGGGAAUCCAGAGGUGGUGGCAGUGCCCCAACUACAGGGGCAUGGGAGAGAGAAAAAUGAGGCUGCUCUGACCGUCAGCAGCUCCGAGUUCUGCGGCAAGGCUAUCCGCCAGGCCGCUGCUCCCCAGGCUGCCAAGAAUGUCUCCUUCACCGUCCGCGCCGGCGGAUACGAGGAGGAGCUCGUGAAGACCGCUAAACACAUUGCCUCCCCCGGCAAGGGUAUCCUCGCCAUGGACGAGUCCAAUGCCACCUGCGGUCUUCGUCUCGCCUCCAUCGGCCUUGAGAACACCGAGGCUAACCGCCAGGCGUACCGCACCCUGCUCGUUGCCACCCCCGGCAUCGGCGAGUACGUGUCCGGUGCCAUCCUCUUCGAGGAGACCCUGUACCAGAACACCGUUGACGGCCAGAAGAUGGUCGAUGUCCUCUCUAACGCUGGUGUCGUUCCUGGCAUCAAGGUUGACAAGGGUCUUGUGCCCCUCGCCGGCUCCAACGACGAGUCUUGGUGCCAGGGUCUUGACGGCCUUGCCUCCAGGACCGCUGCCUACUACAAGCAGGGUGCUCGCUUCGCCAAGUGGAGGUCCGUCGUCUCCAUCCCCAACGGUCCCUCCGAGCUCGCCGUCCAGGAGUGCUCGUGGGGUCUGGCUCGCUACGCCGCUAUCUCCCAGGACAGCGGCCUCGUCCCCAUCGUCGAGCCCGAGAUCCUCCUCGAUGGUGCUCACGGCAUUGACAGGACUCUGGAGGUUGCCUCCAAGGUGUGGGCCAAGACCUUCUACUACCUCGCCGAGAACAACGUGAUGUUCGAGGGUAUCCUCCUGAAGCCUUCCAUGGUCACCCCCGGCGCGGAGUGCCCGACCAAGGCCACCCCCGAGCAGGUUGCUGAGUACACCCUGAACAUGCUCAAGAGGCGCGUGCCCCCCGCCGUCCCCGGCAUCAUGUUCCUGUCCGGCGGCCAGUCCGAGGUGGAGGCCACCCUCAACCUGAACGCUAUGAACCAGUCCCCCAACCCCUGGCACGUGUCGUUCUCGUACGCCCGCGCUCUCCAGAACACGGUGCUGAAGACAUGGAAGGGCCAGCCCGAGAACAUCGAGGCUGCUCAGACCGCUCUGCUCAUCCGCGCGAAGGCUAACUCCUUGGCCCAGCUCGGCAAGUACUCCGCUGAGGGUGAGGCUGAGGAGGCCAAGCAGGGCAUGUUCGUGGCUGGCUACUCCUACUAA